UCUCUCUCUCUCUCUCUCCUCUUAAAUCUCCGACGCGCUAAAAACCCUACACCUCCUCCUCGCGCCUCUUCCCGCUCCGUCGCCCCCACCCCCGCCGUCGCCGCCGCAAACCCUAGCCGCCGCACCAAACCCCUGCUUGUGUUCGAUCCUCGUCGCCGCACUCGAACCAUGGGCGGAGAGAAGAGCCCCUCUCUCCUCUCGUCCUUUACAUCCGAUGGAGAUCGCUUCGCCGUUCUAUCCCCCGAUGGAACCAUCAGAAUAUUGGAUACCCUAUCGGGAACAGUCGUUGCAGAAUGGAGGGACCUAUAUGUGGAUUCGACUAUUUCGUAUUCUUGCAUUUCAUGUGGUUACAUUGGAAAGAAGCGCAAGAGAGAUCAGAAAACUUUCUUACUUGCUAUCGGUACAGAAACUGGUGAUGUUUUGGCUGUAGAUAUUCUGACUAAUCAGAAAAGAUGGGUAAACAGCGAGUGCCACUCUGGUGGGGUUGCUGCUCUUUGUUUCACCAAAAAAGGCCGUAUUCUUUAUUCUGCUGGGACUGAUGGCAUGGUGUAUGAACUGAAUUCUGAUACGGGAGAAAACAUUGGGCAAUUCAACGCUUCAAAGAGGUCAAUUACUUCCCUAACCCUUUCAAGAGAUGAGAAAGUCAUGGCUGUAGCUAGCAAUAAAACACGGCUGUUCAGCUGGGAGGACAAAAAGGAGCUUUUGAAGAUUCCUUCUGAUUAUGGUACUGUUCAAUACAUAGCUGUAUCAGAUGAUGGGGAUGUUGCUGUUUCAUCUGUGACUGGACACAAACAACUUCAAAUGUGGUCUUUUGAUCAUGAAAAUGAAAGGAGUACAGCUGAGUUUGCCCUUUCCAUGCAAAGUAUACCAAUUAUGUUGGAAUGUAGAGGUUCUAAGAAGACAGAUAGCUUAUACGUUCUCUCAGUUUCAGAAAAAGGCAUUGCUUAUGUGUGGCAUUUGAAAAGCAUGUCUCGAGAUGGAGUUCUGCGAACUAAAAUCCUGGUUAAAUCAAAAAAACCAAUACUGGAUGAAGGAAAAGGUGGCAAAAAAGAUCGCGUGCCUAUAGUUUCUGCUAUGUUGUGUUAUGCAGAGGAAGAUGCACAAGCUUCAGUCCUUGUUGCCUUUGGUUCGCUUGAUAAUUUGCAGUUCAGAUUUGUUGAGGUGAAUGAUAGUGGCAAAGAUAUCUACUUGACGGCUGAUAAUGAAAUGUCAGUUGAUAAAACACUGAGGACACAUACAGAUUCUAAUGCAGAAGAAAUUGAUGGCGAUAUCAAAAGUUCUAAUUUAGGAGAGACAACUACUCCAAGCCAGAGAAAAAGAGCAAAGAAGCGAAUGACACCAGAUUCAGACACUGCAAAUGAAGAGGCAGUUCGUGAACCAGUGGCUGAAUUUGAUCUCGAUGAGCCAACUAUGGCUGAGAAACUAGCUAGCCUUGACUUGCAAAAUGGUGAGAACGAAAAGAGUGAUGUGGAAAAAGCAUCAUCUCCAACUAUCAAGCCUCCUAGUGCAGAUUCGGUGCAUGUUUUGCUGAAACAAGCACUACAUGCUGAUGAUCAUUCGUUAUUAUUGGACUGUUUGUACACUAGGGAUGAAAAGGUCAUUGCAAAUUCUAUAUCACUUUUGACUCCAGCAGAUGUUCUCAAGCUUUUAAAAUCCAUUAUGUUAAUGAUCCAAUCAAGGGGUGCAGUAUUAAUCUGUGUAAUUCCAUGGCUAAGGAGUUUGCUUGGUCAACAUGCAAGCAGUAUAGCAUCCCAAGACUCAUCUCUACAACUCCUCAACUCUUUGUAUCAGCUUAUUGAUUCGAGGAUCUCAACAUUUGGAUCGGCUCUCCAACUUUCUACAUGUCUAGAUUACCUUUUCGUUGGGAUCUGUGACGACGAAGCUGAUGAUGAAGCAACCACCCUGCCCAUAAUUUAUGAGGACAAGGACAGUGAAGAGGAGGAAGGAGAAGAAUCUGAAGACGGAGAUGCAAUGGAAACUGAUGAUAAUGAAGAGUUGGGAGACGUGAUUGAUGCUCCACAUUAUUCUGAUGGAAGUGAGGUCAUGAGUGAUUGAUGCAAUUAACUCACAAUGGUGCAUAGUCGGGAGCUUGUCGUGUUAUUUAGAUUAUGAGCUUCAGUUCUUUUACCAGGAAAACUGGGAAAAAGAACGUAAAUUUUGGUACUAGCUACAUAAAUGGAUGUUCUUUAAAUUAUAUCUUCAGAAGCCUAUAUGUUGUAAUUUGUUUAUUGAAGAAGGUGGUGCUUUUGUUCUAUUUUAUUUUUUAUUCGAAAUGAAUGAGUUGAUUGGAGCGGCAGUAGUUGUCAGCUU